UCAAAUUUCAGAUUUCAGAGAGAUGGUAUUGCGAUUUUUUCGAAAUUAGUGUAUUUAUUUUAGUUUUUGAAUUAUUGACAAUGGCUGACCCUGUUUCUUUAAGCUUACCGGCUUUGUCAUCAACAAACAGUUUAGUAAGAUACAAAGGAAUUCCUAGAAGAUACGAGGAAACAAGACCAGUCUUUAUCCAAGGAAACACUCAUCGAAAGAUUAUAGGUCUUGGACGAGAUUUGGAGAAAAGAGUACAGGAAAAAUAUGAACAAGAGAAACAGAAGGCAAUCAGGGAUGCUGAACAAGCAGUGUGGGCAGAAGCUGAGCAACGAAAGGCAGCAGCACUGCUGAAGGCAAGAGAGGACUCCUCAAUAGACCUCGAGAGGGCGGUCAAGAAAAUUAACAGACAACAUGAAAAGGCAUUGAAGGAAGAGGCUCUAAGGGUUGAGAUGGCAAUGCAGAAAUUGGCAAUUGAACAAGUCAAGCAGGAACGAGCCGAGGCUGAGGAGCGCUUAAAGGAAGCAGUGAAGAAAACAGAAGCUCGCUGCCAUCAAGAGCUGGUAGAGGCUGUGUUAAAGGCUCGCGAGGAGGAAAAAAAGAUAGCAGAGGAGGAGGCUAAAAAAGUUGCCAAGGCAGCACAGGAAAAAUUUGAGAAGGCAGUCCAGGUAGCUGCAGAAGAGAAGAAAAAGGCAUUAAAAGAACUAGAGGAGAGGAAGGAUAAAGAGAGGGUGAAGGCAGUGGCUGAAAUGGAGGUAGCCCAGAAAAAGAUCGCAGCCGAACAACUGGAAAAAUUAAAGAAGGAGUACGAGCAGAUUAAUGUUAGACUUAAAGAGGAAAUCAAAGGAAAACUGGACAUUAUAGACAAACUAAAUCUCCAGGUACUCUGUAUAGAAAAGGCCAAGAAAAAUGUGGAGGAGGUAUUACAUGAUACAAAAACUGAUUUCCAAGACUUCAUUGAUAGAUUGCCAGACUCCAUUAAAGGCCAAGUGGGGUUCAUGGUACGACCUAUAUACAUUGAUGAGAUUGGUCGGGUGCCUACCAUAGUGUAAGAGCUGCAUUUAUUAAGAAGGGAAACUAUCGGUACUUCUUUAAACUAAAUGAGCUAUUGUAUGAAGACUGUGUUACAUGAAGCACUAGCUAUAAUAUUCUGACUUUAUAUUAAUUGUCUCUUAUACACAGUAAGAGGUAGAUGUGAUGGUAUUGAAAAUUCCUGUGAUGUAUAGGUGUAAAGCAGGGUUCUUCUUUAAAUGAUUUAUUAUUUUUAUAGUUGUUUUACUAUUUGUUGAUAGAGACAUGGAUGUUUAAAGACUUCUGUUGUUGACUGCAAGUGCCUGCAUUUUUAAAAUCUUUUGUUACUGAUUGUUAAAAAUACCAGUAUUGGAUUGUUAGAAUUUUCUUUGAACCAUGAAUCUAUCUAAACAAUUGCUGUAUGCAUGGUAGUUUAAAAAAAAUACUCAUGUAUCUUUUGAGUCUUGGAAAUGCAGGGUGUAUGGCUCUCAAUAUCCAUUAUGGAUAAACAAUAAUGUACCUAUUUUUAGAUUUCAACUUUUUUUUUAAAACAGUGCACUAUUUUUCACCAAAUUUCAUUGAAAAAAUAUCCAUUUACAACACAGUAUUUAUCAACUGUUUUCAGUAAGUUAUGGCACACAAUGUGAAAUCUGUAAGUCUGUAGUCAUCUUAUUUAUUACUCAUUUUUAAGUAUGAGCUAUGUACACUACAAGUCAAUACCUGAUAGUUUAAUCAAGGAAACCAAGUAUCAGCUGUUGUGCUUGCUGUCCUGUUGAAUUUUUUAAUUCUGGUAAACAGAAUAUACAGAGUGCUAGCAUAUACCAGGGCUCAGGGUUUCUUUUUAAUUAAUACAUGUACAAAGAAUAAAUGAUAGCAUAUAAUCUGCUGAAACACCUAGGGCAUGCACUCUGACCUUUGAAAAAAAAACUUUUUAACUCACAUGAACGAGGUUCAAGUGAGAUUUUCUGAGUGCCUUUCAUCCAUCUUCUGUCUGUCCUUAUAUAAACUUUCACAUUGCUCACUUCUUCUCCAGCAGAACCACAGUCCCAUUUUCAACCAAACCUUACCACAAAGCAUCCUUGGGUGAAGGGGAUUCAAGAUUAUUCAAAUAAAAGGCUCUUAAAAGUAGAGAUUUUCAAGAAAAGGCAAAUUUAGGGUGGAUGUCUCAAAAAGCUUAAGAACCACUGGGCCAGAAAAAAAUGAAAUGCGACAGCUUAAUUUCCUGUUACAGUGAAGAUUAAUAUUUCUUCAAAUCAUGCCUCCAAGGACCGUGUGAUGCCACAGUUGGCAACAAAGUACUGUGAUUCAUUGGUAGUGCAGAUUUAAAUUUGUUCAAAUCAUGGCCAAAAGGGGUAAGGUGGGGUCACAAAAGGGGAUCAAGGUUUUAUAUAGAAAUAUAUAGCAAUGUUCUUCCCAGAACAACUAGGCCAUGAUUAGUCAUAUAAUAUGCAAGCAUCCUCAGAUAGUGCAGAUUCAAAUUUGUUCAAACCAUGGUCACUAUAUGGAGUCAAAAUUUUUCAUGGGAAUAAAGGGGGAAAAAAUCUUUAAAAUAGUUUGAAGAACAAGAGGACUAAGGUGAUUCUGAUGAGCAAUGUGGCCCAUAGGCCUCUUGUUAUUAGGUAGACUUGAAAGAGGAAUUCAUUUUUUCACAUUUUGGUUUAUGGUUAAUGUGUGAAUCAGUUAUUUUAUGUUAUCUCUGCAGAUUUUUGCAUUAACAUCUGUUAUUGUCAAUGAUGUAGCAUGCUGCCAUUGUAAUAUAAGUAAAGAAGUUUAGUAAUGGUAUUAUAGGUAAAACAUACUUAUAUGUAAUAAAUUGUGUGAGCAUUGUUGAGUCACCAGAUUAUCCAUUUCUACUCUGUAACUCUCCAUUGAUCCAGUCACAAAUUUAUUAUUUUUAUACACUUGUUUUAUUUUUGUACAAUAUACACUAAAAGCAAUAAAAUAAGAUAUACUU